AUGUACCUGGGAACAACUGCAUUCCUUUUGCUCAGUUCUUUUUUUUGUUCACCUCCGUCGCAUGUCGCCUACACCACCAAAGCUACGUCUGUUUGUUUUUUAUGCGGUGGUGUCUCCGAUGCCGGUGAUAGCGGUGUCUGGGAAUCCGGGAUUUUUUUUCCUGACGGAUUCUUUAUCCACUCAAAUCAGAUUGGAGGACAUCAACAGGAAACCACACCUACGUUUGCCUUCUCCGUUGAAUUCUGCUUUGCCGGCGCAAUUGGUUUGCUAGAUUCAAAGACCAGUGAUAGAAGUUCAGUUUCAUUUUUUUACGGCGAGUAGGAUGCUAAUAAUUUUCUUUGUGUUUUUCUAAAUCAAAUUUGAAAGUACAUUCUAUGUUCUGCGGACGUAAUGAGAUUUUUGUUAUGCUAAAAAAGUUUGCUCCUAAUUAAUUCUUCUUUACUAUAG